AUGGACAGGGCGUUGCCGUCGACCACCGACGGUGUCGCCGCUAAUGGUAGCUCCGACGAGCGCCACAGGACGUCGCCGGCGAUGGCCACCGCUGGUGUCUUUGAAGAGUACCCCUUCUUCAGCGAUAUCGUGAUCCCUUUCGACCUGUUCCUGGGCGGACUCGGCGACGACGACUGCAACGUGGACGAUCAGGCGGCGUCUGGGCAGCAGAAGAAGAAGAGUCGGUCGUUGCCGGAGCCGGAGACGAUGGCAGAGCACAAAGGCGGACUCGAGGACCCCGGCGGCUGGAACGUGGACGACCAGGCGCGGCAGCAGAAACAGUUGUCUCCGGCGCAGCAGCACGGCGGCGAGGAGCGGCUGGUGAUGUACUACCGCGGCCGGGAGUUCGUCUUCGACUCCGUGCAGCCGCAGAAGAUUGAAAACAUCAUCCUGCAUCUGAAUGGGGAGGGGAUGAUUCCACAAAGCAUCAGGCCACAUCCCACUAACCUGGUAAGACCCAUCGCUGUUCCUGAGAACUUCGACAGGUUUGCUGCACUGACGCGGUACAGGGAGAAAAAGAGGAACAUCAAGUUCAUAACGAAGGCAGAUUACAGUGCCCGGCGGCAAGUCGCUCUGAGAAUGAAACGCAGCAAAGGGAAAUUUGCACCUACAGUCGGGACUUCUGAAGUAUCGCUGGGUUCCGGUGUACACAGAAAGGGGAUAACUUUCUGCACCAACUGUGGAGAAAGCAGUGAUGCCACACCUAUGAUGCGCCACGGUCCCAAUGGAACUAAAACAUUUUGCAAUGCUUGUGGAUUGAUGUGGGCGAACUCGAGAAAAAUAAGGAAGAUCAGAAACCAAACUUCUAAGGAGCAAGCUGAUCUAACAAUACAACAAGCAUUGGAUAUCGAAUCUAAACAAAGUGAUUAA